GACAUUAUUAACCCGUUUUUUCAAAGAAACUUUACUCUAUUGCCUCCGGUAGAUUCAAUUCGACACAGCUGGAAGUGUGAAAUGGCUCAAUAUGAAUACAAAAAACUUAGUGACAAAUUCUUCACAUACAAAGGAACGGUGUUUCCAAUAGAUGAAAUACAUAAUAAUAACACAGAUUAUAUUGACAGCUUGAAGGAUUUCAAAAUAAGGGAUGAUGAUCUCUUUCUCGUUACCUUCCCAAAAUCUGGUACGGUAUGGACCCAACGGAUACUUACUUUAAUAUUUGAGGAAGAUUUUCCAGACAAAGUAAAUGAAACCACGUAUGAGCUGGUGCCCUGGCUGGAGUUUCAGGAAAAUGGCAAAGAUUACAAGUCCCGUCCGUCUCCAAGACUCUUCGCUUCCCAUUUACACGAGCACAUGGUGCCUAAUGAGUUGCAAGAUAAAGGAAAAAUCAUCUACGUCAUGAGAAACCCAAAAGAUGUCAUGGUGUCAUAUUUCCAUUUUGCCAAAAAAAUAAAGAGCCUGGAAUCUAUAGAGAGCUGUGAUGACCUGCUGGAUAAGUUUUUCACAGGAUGGAUGGUCGGUGGAUGUUGGUUUGACCACAUCAGAGGAUGGAUCUCAAAUAAAGACAAAUACAACAUCUUGUUCUUGACUUAUGAAGAGAUGAUCAAGGACCUCAGAUCUGCCGUGGUAAAAAUCUGUAAGUUUGUGGGGAAGAAUCUGUCAGAUGCAGCGAUUGAUAAAGUGGUGGAAAAAACAACGUUCAACAACAUGCAGAAAGACCCCAAAGCCAACUAUGAAUGCAUGCCAGAGAACGUCACUGAGCAUCCAAAAGCACUAUUCGUGCGCAAAGGAACAGUUGGGGACUGGAAGAACUCAUUAACCGUAGCUCAAAGUGAACGCUUCGACCAGGUUUACAAUGACAGAAUGAAAGACAUUCAUCUUGACUUUACUUGGGACUUACAUGGCUGAAAUUAUGACAUUAAAUAUUAUAAAUAUACAUUAAAAUGUGAUCUAAUUAGCAGCCCUUUGUAACCACCAUGUGACUGCAUGCGUUAGAUAUAUAUCCAUAUGAAAAUCAGUAUAAGAGAAUACUGUUAUGGCAAAUGGCGUUUGUUGAAUAGCGUUUAGUAAUGUAAACAUUAUGAAUGAUAUGGAAAACAUUGACAUUUACUAAAUUAAAUUUUUAGACUUUUAUCUUGUAACGUGGAAAACUGAAUUGUAUUCUUAAAAU